AAGCACUUGGAAAACUCAGGCUUACGUCACGAGGUUCGGAGAAGGGGGAGGAGCCAAGCCAGUCGGACGGGUAUAUAAGGAGGAUUAACAACUACCGAAGCUACACUUACUUCUAUCGCAUUCAACAUGAAGGGUCUCGGAGUCAUUCUGUGCUGCGUCCUGGCGGUGGUUUCAGCCCAAGGAGGCUUCCCCGGCGCCACAGCCCCUCCCGCCACAUGCAGGCGCUGGUGCCGAACUCCGGAGCAACAAGUCUAUUGCUGCGAGACCGUCUUUGAACCCGAGGCCCCCGUGGGCACCAAGCCCCUCGACUGCCCACAAGUCCGUCCCACCUGCCCACCCACACGCUUCGGUGGACAACCUGUAACCUGCUCCAGCGACUACAAGUGCGGCGGCCUGGACAAGUGCUGCUUCGACAGGUGUCUGGGAGAACACGUGUGCAAGCCCCCUUCCUUCUACAGCCAAUUCCGUUGAAAACUCACCGUAUUUAUUCAUCCAUGUAGUGUCCAUGACUAAUAAAUGUUUUCAAAAACC